AUGACUGGUUCAGGUGUCUUCUACAAGGUCAAGACCAUCGACGGCGAGGUUUUGAAAAUUUCCAAGCAAGCAGCGGAUCGAUCGGGAAUGCUCGUCGAAUUGCUCAGGAAUUGUCCAAUGGAUGAUGUGAAGAACAUGGAUCCAAUUGUGCUUGACAGGGCCAAAGGAACCAUUGUCAAAAUGAUUAUCCAAUGGUGUGAAGAUCACAAGAAUCGUCCAAUUGUGAAGGAUGUGAGGUGGGGUCCCGAUACCGAUACCGAUACCGAAACCAAAAGGAAAAGCCAAAGGCUCCAAAAAAAGGAAAGUAAACUGCUGGACUUGGACGGAGAUCAGCUUUUCGAUCUAUUUGAGGCUUCCAAUUGGAUGGAUGUUCGCUGCUUGCGCCAGAUGAUUUCAAAGAUUCUUGCUGCAAUGAUCAGGGGAAAAAAAUACACUGAGAUUCGCACUCUCUGGCGACUCGAGGGCGAUUUUACAGCCGAGGAGGAAGCUAGAAACAGUACGGAAAAUGCCUUGGAAAUCUUGGUCAAUGAACUUGACUACUUGGAGACCGAUUUAAUUACAAAGCACGAGGCUGAGGAAGUGACCGACAAAGUGGCCGCUAUCAACGGCAAUGAG